AUGUCCACACAAAUCCCACCACCACCGAAGAAAAAAGCCAAACUAGCUCAACAAAAUGCCAACAAACUAAACGAAGUGAUCCCCAUUGAUUUACCCAAUCUGAUCAUCCAAUUAAAAGAUACAAGAACAGGAAAAUUAAUUGGACCUAGUCUUUCAUUACCAGCUCAUACAGAUAAGUCAGGAUUAGAAUUAAUUGUGAACCGAUUAAGAAAAGAAAGUUUCAAGAAACCUAAAAAGACAGAAAAAGAAGAAGAAGAAGAAGAAGAAGAAGAAGAGGAAGAAGUUUUUAUUAAACUUCCGAUUUAUCAUUCGAUUUCACAAGAUUUGAUUUUAAAGUAUCCUAAUUUGAUUUCUAAUGAAGAGGUUUUAUUAAUCGAAUGUGAACCAGAAGCGAUCUUUAGAGUCAGAGAAGUAAGAAGAUGUAGUAGUAGUCUUUCAGGUCAUUCAGCUCCAAUCCUUUGUGCUGCUUUUUCUCCUACCGGUCGAUUCUUGGCCACAGGUUCAGGUGAUCAUACAUGUCGACUUUGGGAUCUUUCCACUGAGAUGCCUAAAGAUCGAUUAGUAGGACAUACGGGAUGGUUAUUAUGUAUCGAAUGGGAUGGAUGUGAAAGACUGAUAGCUACCGGAAGUAUGGAUAACACAGUACGGAUCUGGGAUCCUAUCACUGGAAAACCUCUAGGAGACGCCUUAAAAGGACAUUCGAAAUGGAUCACUAGUUUGGCUUGGGAACCGAUCCAUUUGAAUGCCAAGACCACUAGAUUAGCUAGUUCUUCAAAAGAUGGAACUGUAAGGGUUUGGAAUCCUAGAAGUGGUCGAACCGAUUUCACCCUCGGAUCUCAUACAGCAUCUGUGAAUGUGGUGAGAUGGAGUGGAGAAGGUAUCUUGUAUACAGCUUCGUCAGAUCGAACGGUGAAAUGUUGGGAUGGAUCGAAUGGGAAAUUGAUUCGAACACUUAAUGAACAUUCUCAUUGGGUAAACACCUUAGCCUUAAACACCGAUUAUAUUCUAAGAACCGGUCCGUUUGAUCAUACUGGAUUCAAUCCGUCACUCACCGAUGAUCAAUCCCAACAAAUCGCUCUGAAACGGUACCAAGCCUUCAAAUCGAUUCAUCAAGAAUUAUUGAUCUCAGGAUCAGAUGAUCAUACACUCUUUCUAUGGUCUCCAAUGGAUUCAUUGACUCCCAAAAAACCGAUUGCUCGUCUUACCGGUCAUCAAAAACAAGUGAACCAUGUGAGCUUUAGUCCAGAUGGAAAGUAUCUUGCUUCGGCUGGGUUCGAUAACCAUGUGAAAUUAUGGGAAGGACAAACUGGGAAAUUCAUCACCACUCUUAGAGGUCAUGUUGCACCGGUUUAUCGAUUGUCUUGGAGUUGUGAUUCAAGAUUGUUAGUGAGUGCAAGUAAAGAUUCCACAUUGAAGCUUUGGGAUUUAAGAACACAUAAGAUCAAAGUCGAUUUACCUGGUCAUACAGAUGAAGUGUAUUGUGUUGAUUUCGUAGCAGAUAAAGUGGCUAGUGGUGGAAGAGAUAAAGUAGUGAAGAUGUAA